AAACAAAUUAAAUUGGGAGAAGAACAAGAAAACGGCAUUCACCGGACCUUUACUAUUUCUAAUGAUGGUAUAUGUUGAUAGAGUGGUGCUCUAUCAAAGAAGUAUUGAUAGAAAGGUACCUGUCAUCAUCGGAUGGAAUGCAAUGUUGUUGCGAGAAAGAGAGAUUGUUGAAAUUGAAGCAGGUGGUUUUGGGUUAGGUUAUGUAGAUGAUGAACCAUUGCAGCUGACAGACAGGGAUGGCGUUAUUGCAGAUUCAGGAAGCGGUGAUGAGCAUCAUAAGCUAUAUGUGAAGAUGUUUGCAGCAAAAGCAAGCGAUGUAGCUAAGAAUGUGGUUUCUAUAAUCGCAAUGGCCAGCGAAAAUCCAGCUUGCUUAAUGGAGCAGGAGAGUCUGAUGAAACUCAAGGAGGCCUGCGAAAAACUAAUUGCUCUAGCCCAAAACAGGGAGAAUGCACAGCAGGAGAAGGAGAAUAGUGGAGUGCGUGUAGAGCCGGAGGGAAAUGGUGCAGAUUUGAACGACGAUGACUUCUGGAAUGACCCGAAGAAUCUUGCCAUACUUGAAACGGCUGAAAAAAAUGUAGGGAAGGUAGGAAUGACCAAGAAGAAUACACCAUCAUUGCCAUCAUUCUCUAUUGGACUGACACAGGAAGAGAGGGAUGGCGAUGUGCGAAGACAAGGAAUGGAAGAAAUUGGGAGAUCACUAGAUACAGAUAAAGCAGCAAAAGUGGAUGCAGUGUGCACUGAAAAGGUGCAGGAUAAAGUAGAGCGUGCAGUUGUGAGAACAAGGCGAGAAACAAAGGUAACUGAUGUGUGCAAGUCACCAUUCAUCAGACGACCAAUAGAUGCUCUUCAAAUGUGCACAUCAAUGGUGAAAAGAAUCAUGGCAUGGAUGUUAGACACCGAGCAGUGUCGAAGGGAUGAAAUACUUUUUCAAUAUGAGGAAUUUGCUGUUGCAAGGGAAGAUAUGUUAUCAUUGGGUGAAAACAAACAUAUAAGUGCAUAUGUUUUGGAUGUGUGGUCCGUAAUGCUUAAUGGUAGGGAGUCAUUGAGGAGCACUGAUUCUCCAUGUAGAAUGUUCGCCAGGGCAUAUGAAUGCUUGCAUAGCUGGGUGGGUGAAGAAACGCCUGAGGCAGAAAGACUUUCCCUAUUGUAUGAUGCUAUGGAGUUCGGUUUGGCAGGAUUGCCGGCCGACAUAGACCUAGAAAAUGUGGAGUUGUUUUUCUUCCCUAUAAUGCAACCACGGCAUUGCUAUGUUAUAUGUUUCAAUGUGAUGAAUCAGCAGAUGGAGAUUCUAGAUGCGUCAAAGUCAACACUGAAUGUUGCUCAAAAGUACGGCGAGAUGCCGAACAUUAUGAGAGAUUUGUUUGUCCAAUACAUGACUGUGGUUGGAUUCGGUAACAAGGUGAAGGGGCUGAAAACUGCAAAAGUGAAGAAAGUUGCG